AUUUAUGUUAAUAUCAGUGAUACUGUCUCGAAAUCUUGUGGCAAAACAAUAACAAACUGUGUUUUACGAUUGGAUCGUAUGAAUUUUCGGUGCAUAACUAAAAAAAAUAGUGUAAAAGUAAAUAACAAUAUAUAUUUUUUGUUUGUAAUAUCUUUUGUCAAAGCUGGAAAAAAGUUAAAUUUACAAGACAUCAAAUUCAGAAAAUAUUUUGAGCCAAUGUUGUUGGCUAAGAAAAAUAUUUGCUGACGAAAGUCAUGGUCGUUUCAUUUGAGGGCGGUGAAUGUACUAUGUAAUCGUAUGAUUGAAGAUUGUUAUUAAUUUGCAAUAUCACAAAGUAUGAAAACGGAUGAAUCCUUAUAGGAUUUUAUUAAUUACUUGAACUAUCAAUUUUGAAUCCGUAAACAUAUACGGAUUCUAAUUUAUUUUUAUCCUUUCUGGAUUUAUGCACAUUGAAUUUAAUUACCAAAUAUAUUUUAUUAUUGAAAAAUUUAAAUUUUAAAAGUAAUUUUAAAUCGCUAUAAAGAAUAGAAUAUCUGAAAAAAAAUUGAUUUAUAUUAAUGGGAGAAUCUGGAUACAUUGAAUUAUUUUCAAAAAUCAAAGCUAGUCCAAUGGAUGGAAUAAUAAAGCAAGAACCAAAUCAAGAAAUGGGUCCAUCUUCAGCUUCAGUACCAAUACCAGGAGGACAUAGAAGUACCAGAGGUGUAUAUGAACAAUUUUCACCAUCUCCAUUGACAUCAAUAUGGCCCAAUAGAUCAGAUCAUACAGAAUCAUUUAAAGUAGAUUCUGAUCAGUUAGAUGAUUUUUUUAAAACAGAGAAAUGGGAAGAUGAUGACAUAUUACAAGUAGAUAAAGCAGAUCUUAUUCAAGGACCUACACUUGCUGAAUUAAAUGCAAAUGAUGAUACACUUCUUGGUGAUUUAAAUUUUGAUGAUUUACUUUUGCCAGAAGAAAGGAUUCAACCUUUUAAAAUGGAUGUUAAUGUAGCUCAAUCAGUUGCCCCAUUAUUUAAUGAUAACAAUGUUGGAUUUGCUCCAAGUAGUUUUCCACAGUCUGGUUCAACAUACCGUAAUAUUCCAACAUAUAUAAAUACACAUGGAUUCAAUUUGAAUAUAAAUAUCAAUGUUGCAGAUAAUUUAGAAACAAUUAGUCCUAAUACUUUUCCAAGUCCAGGAACCAGUAACAUUGCAGGUAGUUCAACUGCAAGUUCUUCAACAUCUCCACAUCCAAUUAAUAAACCUAAUGGACAAUCUGCUCUUCAUGAAUUAUUAAUGAGACGAUGUGAAAAUUCUUUUGAUAAUACUUCGCAUGGCCAAAUGGAUGUUGGAUGCACAAAUAAUAAGUCUAAAGUUUCUAGACUAUCUAUGUCUGCACCAACUAGAACAAUGGGACUAGACCAAAUUUGGGCUCGUAGAGAGCCACGUCCACAUUUAUUAAGCACUGGAAGUCUUGGUGUUGUUGAAGCAGGUUCAACAAGUAGUAUAAGUACUGGAGGCGCGCUUAGUCCGGAUCCAUUGUAUCAUAUUGAUCAUCUCAGUCAUGAUGAAGGUUAUGAAGAUAGUGAUGAUGAUAGCGACCAUUAUGAUGAUUACAGUAGCGAUAACGAUACAGGUGGAAGUGAUGGUGAAGAUCAACACAAUGGAAGUAGAGGAGGAAGUGGAAGUCUGGAUUCAAAUCGAGAUAGUAAACAUAAUAAAAAAGAACGAUAUUUUUGGCAAUAUAAUGUUCAAGCAAAAGGACCAAAAGGACAAAGAUUAGUUGCAAGAACUCGUCUUGAAGAUCCACAUAUUUUAAAUGAAGCCACAGAUCCUGUUUUUAGUCCUCAUUGUGCUCUUCGUGGAAUUAAACAUAGUGGAAAAGCUCGAAAAGGAGAUGGAAAUGAUCUUACUCCAAAUCCACGAAAAUUAUAUAGCAUAGGUCGCGAAUUGGAUAAAUUAUCUCGUAUUAUUAAUGAUAUGACGCCAGUUUCCGAGUUACCAUUUACAGCAAGGCCAAAAACACGCAAAGAAAAGAAUAAACUUGCUUCAAGAGCAUGUCGUUUAAAGAAAAAAGCUCAACAUGAAGCAAAUAAAAUAAAAUUACAUGGCUUAGAACAAGAACACAGACGAUUAAUUCAAGGUAUAUCUCAGGCUAAACAAACACUUGCAGCAAAAUUAACAGAACCUAAUCCUGAAAAUCAAGAAGAGUUAACACGUCAAAUGGAGAAAUAUUGUAAAUUGGCUACCAAAAUACGGAUAGCAAAUCAUUCAACUGAGUUUGUUAAUAAAGUAUUGGAUAAAGUACGUGCUGGUGUUCCUGAUGGUGGCAUUGAUGACUUCUAAUACACAAUAAUUAUUUGCUAAAAAUGUUCAUAUGAGCGCAUAAAAAAUGCGAGGUGGAAACGAUGUGUAUAAAACAUUAAAUUCAUCAUAAAUCUUAAAUUGAAUGCUUCACAUGGAAAUCGAAAAUCAAAAAUAGAAAGUAAGAAAAUAUUAAUAAUUUGAUGUUAAAUAUGUUUUUAUCAUUUAAAGUCAAUGAACACAUAAUAGGUUAUUAUCAAUAUCCUAAUUAUAAAUAAUUUUAAUAUAGAUUAUAUUUGUAUUUUGUGUAAUAGAAUAUUAUUUUAUGAUGCUAUUUACUAAGAAUUUUUGAUUGUUUCUUUUAUAUAAAGUUAUAUACUUUGCAUAUUAAUAGUUUUUGAUUUUAUCUGUGAUAAUUCUUUUAAAUUAUCAAAAAAUUUUUGGUAGAAUGUAUGUAUUUCAUAUUAAAGAAGUAUAUAAGUUUUCAAUUUUUUAGGAUGUUGGUUGAAUUGGAAUAUUUUGAAAUGUACCAUCGAUUCUCUCUCGCCAAGGCGCUGCAUUCCUAUUUCCUAUUUCUGCUUUUUUUCUUUCAUUAUCUGUAUAUAUCUUUGCAUAUGUUUUGUAUGUAUGUAUGCGUAUGUUGUGUAUGUGCACAUGAAGUAAAAAAUAAUAUAUACCGCAGUAUUAUUUCAUAUAUAAUAUAUUAUAUUAUAUAUAAUAUAUAUAUUAUAUAUAAUUAUAUUAAAAUAUAAUUAAGAAAACAACAAUAAUAUUGUAAAAUAUGAAAUAUAAGAAAAAAAUCUAUUUGAGGUAAUUAGUAAUUUAAAAUUUUAUUUUAUAGUAGUUUUUUUUUAACAUUAAUUUAGCAUUAUAAUAGAAAAAAUAUUCACUAAUUUCUUCUUUCAAAAAUUCUUAUAUAAUUAAGUAAUUUUUCUUUUGUGAUACUAAUAUAUUUUAAUGAUAAAUCUAAAAAGUUAUAGUAUUGAAUUUUAAAUUAUAUAUUUAAUUUAUAAAUAUAAUACAUAUCUAUUUCUAUAUACAUUUGUUAUAUAAAUAUAAAUUUUUAAAUUUUAAGCAUUGUUGAAAAUAAAUUGAACCAAUAAUUUUUAUAAGUUCUAUGAUAUAUAAUUAUUUUCUAUUUUAUUUUUAGAUUUUGGAUUUAAUAUCAUAUAAGUAGAGUUUUGUUUCUUAUUUUACAAUAAUAAUUAGAACAAAAUUUUAGAAAUUUUUGCAAUAUUUUAAUGUGGAAUAAUAUUGCGAAUUUGAGUAAAUUUUCUUUUUUAAUACAUGUGCACAUACUUGUCAUUUUGUAUAUAAAAUCUUAUUAUAAUACAUGUGAUUUAUUAUGAUCAUAAAAUAAGUGAUAACAAAUGAAAAAAAUAUACUAUAAAUUUUAUUAGUAAACGAAAUAAUAGUUUGGAUUUAAUAUCAUAUAAGUAGAGUUUUGUUUCUUGAUUUACAACAAUAAUCAGAACAAAAUUUUUAACUUUAUAUUAGAGGCUAUAUGUACUAAUAAAUCAAAAAUAUUUUUCCAAAAUUUUUAAAAAAUUAUAAAUUUUAUUUUAUGUUAUCUAUAUAUAUAUACAUAUUAGUGUAUCGAAUCAUCGCAAUAAGCAAAUUUCAAAACUUGUAAUGCAUGUAAAAUGCAUGUAACAUUAUUUCUAUUUAACAUCAUUUUUAAGUUUUUUUUAUCUGAAAAUAUUCUCUUUAUCUUUUACACUAUAAUAUUUAAAAUAUUUUUUUUGUUUAUUCUUUCUGUAAAUGGAUUUAUUUUUUUAAUCAAUACAUUCAGCUUCUAUUAUAAUGAACAACAUAAAAUAUGAAAAUGAAAAAAUUAAUCGAAAAUACUAAUUUUUAAACAAUUAUAUAGAUUUGUAAAUAUUUUUUAAAUUUUUACUAACAAAUUUAUAUUUUUUUUCUGGGUAUCAUUUUACAUUUGCUAUAUUUUAAUUUCAUAAUAUAUAAAAUAUAAAAAAAAUAGCCUAUUUACAUCUAAGAAGCUUCCACAAUAUCUUAUAUAUAUAAUAUAUAUCUGUAUGUAUAAUAUAUUACUUAACAUAAUUUUGUUUUGUAGUUUUUGUAGUUUUCAAAUACAUGUGAAUAUUAUACAUAGUAUAAUAAUAGUGAAUAUUAUACAGUAUAUAUUUUACAAAAAUAUUGUUAUUCUUUGAAUAUAUUAUUUUAAUGUUUUUAUAUAUUUUUAAAUAUACAAACAACGAAAUCGUUUUGAAUAUAUAACAAUAAUGAAAUAAAUUCAUAUGAAUGUAUAUUUGAUUCGACUUUGUUUUUGAAUAACAAAUUUAUAUUACAUAUUAAUUAUUUUAUUUACAGAAUGACUUUUUUUAUAAGAAAUAAUUCUUAUAAAAUAUAAAAAAUACUUUUUUUAUCUUCGAUUGUUUAUAAAAUAUUAUGAACAUAAAAUAUUUCUAGAUAAAUUAAUCAUAUUAUAUAUGCAUUAAAAUUAAGUUAUGAUUUAAUAUUAAUAAAUAUACAUUUUUAUGAUUUUAUUUGUUAGUAUUUAAAAUUAAUGUUUAUGUUUGAAUAAUUUUCCAAAGAAUUAUGUAAUUUGUUUUAUUUUUUAUUAAUUUUAUUUUGUUUAUUUAUAAUUAUGAUUUAUAUAAAAUAUUCUCUACAAUUUAUAUUGAAAUUAAUAGAAAAUGUUUUCAAAAAUAUUUCUAUGAUUUUUAUACCAAAUUAAACAAUAUUAUGUUAUAAAUAUAAUAUUUACAUAUUAUGUGAUUAUAAUCAUUUAAAGUAAAUGUCAGAAGAGUAAUUAAUACGUUUUAAGUGUUAUAAGUUAUAUAUUAUUAAAAUUUAAUUUAUUCCAUCAAAAGAUAUUUUUAUUUUUCUUAUGUCAAAAAAUAUAUUUAAUUUAAAAAUUUAUAAAUAUUAAAUGAAUUUAUAAAUUUAAAAUUUAUUUUUUAAUUUAUUAUUUAAAAUCAAGAUUAAGAUUCCAAAAUCAUAAAGAAAAUUCUAAAAUAGAAUACUGAUUUUUAUAUGAAAUCUUGCACAAUGAUAGGAUUUGAGAUAGAGAUUAAAAAUAUUGCUAUAAAUAUUUUAAAAGCAAACAAAUAAAAGUUUAUAAAAUAUUUAACUUUAAAGUUUUUAUUACGCUUUAUUUCUUUAAGCGUAAAUAACAUUUUUUUAUACAUAUAUAUUCUCCUAAUUAAAUUGUAAUUGAUGAAUAAAAGUUCGCUUUUUUCAAUAACUUUCUUUUUUCAUUACAUAAAUUAUAAUUAAUUGUUUUACCUAUAAUAGAUACAUUAAUACUUUAAAUUUAAUUUGUAUGUAAAUAUAUUAUAAAUAAUCUAUUUUUAUUAUAAGUUAUACAUAGAAAAAAUAAAAAUUGAAAUGAAAAUAUUAA